AUGGCCAAUGAUGCUGUGUUCGGCGGAAACCGUCAACAUGUUUCUUCCGACGAAGCUGUGCCCAGUCUCAAGAAGGUCGAUUCUCGGGUUCAUCCUGCACCCCCGACAGAUGCGCCAGAAACAUUGCCGAAGCCUCCACCAACCCCAGGAGAUCGGGUUCAAACUUGCGGCAGUUUGAACACCUCAAACUUCGAUUCUACCAACCUCUGCCUCCCCACGAAAUCUGGAACCUUCCUGGCGGUUCUUUCUGCCAGCUGCUUCACCUUUUUGGGGCUCCUUGCUUUCAGCUUUGCGGAGUUUGAGGCUUCUGGGGCUGUGCUUUUGCGGUUUUUGGGAUGGCAGUUGAUUAUCUACAUCCCGACAUUUUCGGUGCAACCCGUGCUCCGGAAUUUCAUGUUCUUCGGUUUGCAGCCCCAUCAGAGCUUAGCCGACGCCUGGCCGGAUGCCGCUGGCACCAAGAAGCGAUGCUUGCGGAGGUUGUUGGUGCCGUGCUUGCUGCACACAGCGGCAGCAGUGGUCCUUUUUACCGUGAGUGUGGUGACGUUUGAUGAGAGACAUCUGGGAAUUUUACCCUCUUUCGUUGUGGCCGCGAUUUGUGUGAUUCCACAAACUCCUUUGCUGCUACGAUUGUUCGGACCACCCUGUGUCAGCAAAUCAUCCUAUCCUUUUCGAAUGUUACCUUUGGUGGGAUUUAUGCCGCUCAUGGGUUCUGUUGCGGUGAUGUCGGUGUAUAUUCCACUCAGACAGCUUGGAGGCGUUUGGAUUGGCCUUUUGAUGCCUCUGUCCUUCAGCUGUUACGAGUUAUUUGGAAGUUUCCUGGUCACCCGAAGAUUUAUCGAGAAGUUUUUGACGCAGAUGGACGUGCGGCAGGCAUAUGCUUCCACCAAUCAGGGUAUUGUGGUGUCCAUUGCCAUUUGCAACCUGCAUGCCAUGGCAGAAGGGGCCCGUUUGACACUGCUGUAUGUGGACAACCAGCAGAAUCAUGACAUGGUUGGUAUCUUGGUUCCCAUCGUCAGUGGAGUGCUUUGGAAUGUCCUGACGCGCAUAGGAUGUUUGGACCGCUUUCUGCACUGUGUCUCACGUGGUCGCUGGAAACCCAACAACUGCAGCAAGCUACUGCGCGAGUCAGGCUUUUGCAUGGGCUAUCCACGCUUCGGUGCCAUGUGGGCUCUUAUUUUGGUUCGGCUGUGCAUUGGAACGCCAUUUUCUUGGGACUCACCUGAACUGCUGCUGAUGGUUCUCGUGUUCCUCUCUGAAGUUGUUGAGGACCUAAUUAGCUGGGUGCUCUGGCGCUUGAAAAUCAACGUGACCCCAGCGAUGCAGUGGGCCACCGACCAAGAGGUGGAAGUGAAGGUGCAGAGGAGGCAGAGCCGCAGAUUGUCGCAGGGGUCUCUGCUGCCGGUAACUCCACAGGUGACCCCACAAGUCACUUCUAGGACAAGCGACGAGGAUCGCUGGAAGGUGCGAGCGGCCCAUGAUUUCAAAUUUGGUCCCACGGACUUUGGUGAAUUGCCCUUCUGGGCCCAUUUUAUGCCGGCGGCCACGGCACAAUUCCACACCAUUUUUUCGAUGAUCGUCGCCAGUAAUGGUUUGGUCUUCUUGCUUGACUUGUGUGACCCAAGGGAGACGGGGCAGAUUGGCUUAAUUUGGUGGCCGAUCGGCCAUGAUCUUUGUCAUUAA